AUGAUGACGCCGUCCGUGCCCAGGUAUCUAGAUGUGAUCAAGGGCGCUAUGCCGCACAUAAGACCGAGGAGGGGAGGGUAUAUUGCCUGCGUAGAAGACAUUACGAGCAAGCACGGCCAUAUAAAGUAUACGGUGCUAUCCCUGGUGGCAUCUGCACGUAUUCAAAGUUCGAUUCGUGGACAAAACGGAGGAGGUGCAAAGGCGGACGUAGUGGAAUACAACGUCGGCACAUUUUCGAUGAUGGCUAAUAUCUGUGCUCGUACGGUGGCCGAGUCCGACGGUAUGGUGAUGGUGCUGGCUGACACGAAGACGGACAAGACGGUUGCGUGCACAUCAUUGCCACGUAAUGCCGGUGAGAUGAUCUCAGAGGGUGUGAUCGGCAUAAAAUAUGGUGCUGCCAGCGAGGACCCUGGGCGGACGUUCCACGCCCACCCGACGCUACGCGAGGCGUUUCAGGAGUCCUGCGUGGCUGCGUUCGACAAGUCAAUUACAUUCUAA